UUUUCGGCGCGCUUCCGCGCUUUGCUCGCUGAUCGAAAAGUUUUGUUUGUGUAAUAAAUUCGACAAAUAACUUACCUGCUCACAAUAAUUCAUUAAAACACAAUCGACAGACAAUUCUUGUGAUACAUAAACAUGGGAGACUUGCAAAAGAUCCGCCUGGAGGUAAACAAUGCUUUCAAACUCAGCGGAUUUACAAUUCGUCGUGAAGCGAGUACUUUUGUGGCUGAACAGGUUUCUACAUUGCAACCAUCUGAAAGGCAGAAGAUGAUAGACAAAUUGACCGCGCACCUUAUGCACCAGUGUUUAUCGGUGCCAGUUUUAGAGAAAGAGCACCUAGAAACUGCUUUUAAAGAGUGCUCUUCACUGGGCUUGGAAGAAGCAGAGACUGUUUUGAAUCUCAUAGAUGCCUUUAGCAUACCGAAAUUACACUACGACAAUGAGAGAAAGCGGUUUAACAAAGAUGUGAAUUUGAGUAAUAACCUUUAUCCGGAACCUAAAUGGAAGGCCCAGUAUCUGAUAGAUAGAUACACUUUGAUUUGGCAGAGAACUAUCAGAAACAAACUGUUUGCACAAGAAGUGUUGCCCACUGGAGUUGAAGAAAAGCAGUUCCAGCUACAAAAAAUUGAGGUAUUAUUGAGUUCUUCUAGUAGAGUUGAUGAGGUUAUAGUGUUGGGGCUUUUAACGCAACUAACUGAAGGAAAAUUCUAUCUUGAAGACCCUACUGGCAGUGUAGAGCUAGACAUGUCUGAAACGAGGUAUCAUUCUGGUUUGUUUACAGAAAACAGUUUCGUUUUAGCCGAAGGAUUCUACGAUGAUAAAGUUUUACAUGUCAUGGGCCUGGUAUUACCACCUUCAGAGAGCCGAGCUACGUCGUUGCCUUAUUUCGGCAGUUUGAACACAUUUGGAGGAAAAUCCAAGUCUUUGUUAAAGAAUUCUCAAAGUUUGCUGAAGAUUGAACAGGAAAAUGAAGAUGGCAUGAUUGUGUUCCUCUCAGACGUGUGGUUUGACAAUUUGAAGGUUAUGGCCAAGUUGAAAACCCUAUUUUCGGGGUACAAUGAUUUUCCACCGAUAGCAUUUGUCUUUUUAGGAGAAUUUCUGUCAUGUCCGUACGGAUAUGAACACAGUGUGCAGCUCAAAGCUGCUUUAACGAACUUAGGUGAGAUGAUCUUCCAAUUUUCAAAGCUCAAAGAAUCGUGCAAGUUUAUCUUCGUACCAGGAAGAGGAGAUCCUGUAGCCCCUAACAUUUUACCAAGACCGGCCAUUCCAGACUCAAUUACGAAGGACAUAAGGGACAAAUUGGGUGAUGCAGUGAUAUUCACGUCAAAUCCUUGUCGAAUACAGUACUGUACUCAGGAGAUAGUCCUAAUAAGGCAAGAUCUAGUCACAAAGAUGUGCAGGAACUCCAUACACUUUCCAGAGUCCGGGGACAUACCAGAUCACUUGACGAAGACCCUGCUCAGUCAGUGUACACUUUCACCUUUAUCUCUCGGAGUCCAGCCUGUAUUUUGGAAGCACGCAGAUGCUCUGAGUUUGUAUCCGAUGCCCGAUUUAGUCGUAGUUGCCGAUCAUUUCCAACCAUACACCAGAUCAUACCAAGACUGCCAUGUUGUCAAUCCUGGCUCUUUCCCACGGACUGAGUACUCGUUCAAAGUAUACGUUCCGGCUUCGAGAACCGUCGAAGAUUCCCAAAUACCUAAAGAAGAUACAUGAAAGACAAAACGAAACUGUGUUUCAAGUUAUUUAUUUUUUAAAGUACAUUUUUUAUUUACAAGAUGUGAUAAAUUAAGUGUGACUUUAAGUCAGGGUCAGUUAAGUGUCUUACGCUACUUAAAUUAA